AUGGCAUCAGGACUACACUACAAACUUUGGAACACAACUCCAACACACUCGAUUUCCUCUAUUACUCCUAAUGAUAAGAACAUAGAAGUGAGAGUCAUUUUAUUAGAGAAAAUAAGCAACAUUGAAUUAAAAAGUGGAGAUGUCAUUCAUCAAUUCCUUGUCGCCGAUCAUUCCGGGUCUAUUAAGUGCAAUUUCUUUGGAGACAUUGGAAGCCAAUUAAAGAGUGGCGAUAUUGUUCAUAUGUCUAAUAUCUUUGCCACCUUAUAUAAAGAAACAACUUUAACUUUGUAUACAGGAAAAAGGUCAAAGGUUUACAAAAUAGGGGAGUUUUUCAUGAGAUUCCUGGAAGAGCCUAAUAUGAGCGAAACAGAAUGGGAAAAAGAUGCAAAAGGGUUAUUUUAUUUGAAGCAAAGAUAG